GGAAGUACGCCGUCUACAGUUGUAUUUAGGGGAACUGAGGACUAAAAAGUUAACCAUGGGUACGUGGUAGAUAUAGUCAUAACUUCAUAACUUCUGGCCCCCGCAGAGUUUUAACAGCUGGAAAAAGACGGAUUAGAAGCGGUAAAAGAAACCAAGCCGGAAUUCCACGAUGGCUCCUCGUGGACAGGAGUCGGUGAAAAGAAGCGGUGGAGUUCGGGGCGGUUCGGUUCUAAACUUUCGAACGACGGCGACCCCGAGCUCGGUUCGCCGCAGCUCUGCUGUGCUGCCGUCUGUGCUGACGUUUCUGGUGAUCGUAGCAUCCGGAGGCCUGCUGGUCAUGAUUGAGAAAGGAAUGCUCAACGGCGUGGAGACACCUCCACCCCGGGGGAGCGGCAAGAGGGCUAAUUUCAUCCGGCAGAAGGGGCAACACGCCCGGGCUGCUGUGGACGGGGAGUCCCAGAUCCUCCAGGAGAUCAGGAACCGCACCAUCAGGACCAUGUGCAACCACAAGAACAUGCCCCACAAUGUGUGGUCCUUGCCACCCUUGCAAAGGAAGACCGUGCUGCAGCACGUGCUGGUGAACGAUGAGUACCGCUUCCUCUACUGCUACGUCCCCAAGGUGGCCUGUUCCAACUGGAAAAAAGUCCUCAAGGUCCUCAGCGGGGCGCUGGAGAGCGUGGAUGCCAGCGUGAAGAUGGACCACAAGAGUGACCUGCUCUUUUUGUCCUCCAUGAAACCAGAGGAGAUCCGCUACCGCCUCAAGCACUACUUCAAGUUCAUGUUUGUGCGUGAGCCCAUGGAACGCCUGCUAUCCGCCUACAGGAACAAGUUCGGAGAGAUCGAGUCCUACCAGAAAAAGUACGGCGUUGAGAUCAUCAAACGCUACAGGAAGGGCCGCAAUAAUAACUCGCUGAUAACCGGAGACGACGUCACCUUUGCAGAGUUUGUCCGUUACUUGCUGGAUGAGGAUGUGGAACGCAUGAACGAGCACUGGAUGCCCAUGUACAACCUGUGCCAGCCUUGCGUCCUCCCCUACGACUUCAUCGGCUCCUACGAACACCUGGAAAGUGAUGCAGAGUUUGUGCUCCAACGAAUCGGGGCUCCCUCGCACGUGCGCUUUCCAGAGAGGCAGUCAUGGUACAAGCCCGUCACCUCAGAGACACUUCACUAUUACCUGUGCAGCCUGCCACAGAAGCUGCUGAGAGAACUCCUUCCAAAGUACAUCCUAGACUUCUCCCUCUUCACUUAUCCCCUCCCUAACACAACCACUGAGCAUUGCCGGCAUUAAAAAAAAACGCAGAGACUAAUUUGUAUUAUAUUUUUCUACUCCACGAGGACUUAACUGGAGAUGUCCUGCAACUGUGGACUGGUUUAACAGGGAUAGAUCAUGCUUGUGAAUUAUUUAAACUCAUCUUAAGUUUUUCUCAGCCAUUUUUCUAUAAAACUAUCAAAUAAAAGAGACUUUUUAAAUACACCUGAUGCAGCCUUGCUUCGCUGGUUACCAUGCCAAAAAGCCUGGAUCUUUAGCGCCCGGGUCGGUGUACAGAUGAUUCAGUUCAUGUUCCAAUUGAGUGUAUGAUUUGCCAUCUUUGCCACAUCAUUGGAAACAUUUGAGUAGAGGCAGGGUGGGGUGG